CUCCCAGAGUUCCCAGAGAGCUGUCAGAGCAGAACCUGCAGAACCUCAGAGCAGCAGCAUGGCCGGAUGUGCAGGAUGUGGACCGGGUUACAGCAGCCCGCUGGACGCCAUGAAGGGUCCCCGGGAGCAGAUUGUGUAUCUCCCCUGUAUUUACUGUAACACCGGCAUCCUGAAACCAGAUUACCUGGCCACCGUCGAUGUGGACCCGAAGUCACCCACCUACUGUCAGGUGAUCCACCGGCUGCCAAUGCCCAACCUUCGGGACGAGCUGCACCACUCGGGCUGGAACGCCUGCAGCAGCUGCUUCGGUGAUGCCACUAAGAAGAGGAACCGGCUGAUCCUGCCGUCGCUCAUCUCCUCCAGGGUCUACGUGGUCGACGUCGGGACAAACCCCCGAGUGCCGCAGAUGCACAAGAUGGUGGAGCCCGUGGAUCUGUUCUGGAAGUGCGGUCUGGCCAACCCUCACACCACACACUGCCUGGGCAGCGGCCAGAUCAUGAUCAGCUGUAUGGGAGAACCAGGAGGCAACGGCAAGGGGGGCUUCGUGCUGCUGGACGGCGAGACGUUCGAGGUGAUCGGGAACUGGGAGCACCCGGGGGAAGCAGCACCAUUUGGAUACGACUUCUGGUACCAGCCGCGACACAACGUGAUGAUCAGCACCGAGUGGGGGGCGCCCAAAGCUCUGGCCAAUGGGUUCAACCCGGAUCACGUGAAAGCGGGACUGUACGGCAGCUCGCUCCACAUUUGGGACUGGACCAGCCACAAGAAGCUGCAGACGCUGGACCUCGGAGAGGACGGGGCGAUUCCCCUGGAGGUCCGGUUCCUCCACGACCCCGACGCCACCGAGGGCUACGUGGGAUGUGCUCUGAGGGGAUCCGUCUUCAGGUUCUACAAAACACCAAGAGGAGACUGGGCUGCAGAGAAGGUGAUCAGCGUUCCCAGCAAGAAGGUUGAGGGCUGGUUGCUGCCAGAGAUGCCCAGUCUCAUCACAGACAUCCUGAUCUCAUUGGACGAUCGUUACAUCUACUUCUCUAAUUGGCUCCACGGUGACAUCAGACAGUAUGACAUCACAGACAGGAGGAACCCUCGAUUAGUCGGCCAGGUGUUUCUGGGAGGAAGCAUCAUCAGUGAUGGACCAAUCAGAGUCCUGGAGGACCCGGAGAGCCAGCCCCAGCCCCCCCCGCGCUACAUCCAGGGCCGGAGGGUCCCCGGGGGGCCACAGAUGCUGCAGCUGAGUCUGGACGGGCGGAGGCUCUAUGUCACCACGUCUCUGUUCAGCGGCUGGGACAAGCAGUUCUACCCCGACAUGACCAAGCAGGGCUCCGUGAUGAUGCAGGUAGACGUGGACUCGGUAGAGGGGGGCCUCUCCCUGAACGAGGACUUCCUGGUAGACUUCGGGAAAGAGCCGGACGGCCCGUCGCUGGCCCACGAGCUGCGAUACCCCGGGGGGGAUUGCACCUCCGACAUCUGGCUGUAGAAGGAACACAGUGUUAGCUUCAUCCCUGCACGCUAUAUUAACCACUGCCUCACACCCACUCCUAUCUACUGCUUCAGAUCAGCUGACUGCGCUCAGAUCAGCUGACUGCUUCAGAUCAGCUGACUGCACUCAGAUCAGCUGACUGCUUCAGAUCAGCUGACUGCACUCAGAUCAGCUGACUGCGCUCAAAUCAGCUGACUGCUUCAGAUCUGCUGACUGCUUCAGAUCUGUUGACUGCACUCAGAUCAGCUUACUGCUUCAGAUCAGCUGACUGCGGUCAGAUCAGUUGACUGCUUCAGAUCAGCUGACUGCUUCAGAUCAGCUUACUGCUUCAGAUCAGCUGACUGUGCUCAAAUCAGCUGACUGCUUCAGAUCUGCUGACUGCUUCAGAUCUGUUGACUGCACUCAGAUCAGCUUACUGCAACUGCUUCAGAUCAGCUGACUGCGCUCAGAUCAGUUGACUGCUUCAGAUCAGCUGACUGCACUCAGAUCAGCUUACUGCUUCAGAUCAGCUGACUGCGCUCAGAUCAGUUGACUGCUUCAGAUCAGCUGACUGCGCUCAGAUCAGCUGACUGCUUCAGAUCAGCUGACUGCGCUCAGAUCAGGAAACAUUUGCUGUCCGUCUGUGUGUUUGUUAAUGCAUAUUACACACAUGUAGCUGCAUGCCUAGCGCAGUUGAAUUAACCCUGCUUUCUAUGGAGGAAUAAAGAAUAAAACCUC